UUUCUCCAUCCACCCUCCUCAAAUCGACAACGACAACAAAAAAAAUAUACAAAAACAGGGAAAAGCAAAAAAACCCACCUCGCAAAAUCCCUGUUUUCUCGCCCUCCGCCUUGAACGGCGGUGCUCACCGGCGGCCGAUUUUCACACCCAUCACUCCACAUUCCCGGCCGAAGAAGCCAAAUAUCACUUUCCGAUUCACUUUCUGGGGGUGUUUCCAACUCAUCUUCGUCUUUGGCCCGACCACCGUAGUGGACGGUGGCAGUGGCAGCUCGGUGUAGCCUGUUCGCCAUCGUCUUGUCGAACUGUCGGCGUCUUGAAAUCGAAACCCCACGAGGUUUCUUCGUUCUUACUUUCCGGCUUGGCAGUUGGGAAGAGGGUUGGAUUGAAAAAGAGAGGGAGAGAGAGUGAUAGUCCACUCUUGCAUUUGACUAGUUUAUCUCUCUCUCUAUAAUUAUUAUAUUACUGUGACUUUCUGAUUAUUUGGGGUUUUUUAUUUUGGGGUUUUCGUUUUCUUUUUUCUUUGAUACCCAUUUCUGCGAAUCAAAGAAAUUUAAGAAACAAGGUUUUCUCAGGGGAAGGAAGUUAGUGAAACAGAGAUGAAGAUUGAAGGCCACAAGCGAGGAAGAAGAUGAGGGUAAGAGUUGUUCAGGAUUUUUGAGGUGCAGGGGAAGAAGAAGGUUAUGCAAUUUUGGGAAUUGGGUUAUUUUAAUUCUGUGUUAUUUGAUUGUAGUGAAAGUAGAGUAGGUAGUGAUGUAAACAAAAAAGUGUGAGAUAGAGAUGGGAACUUGUAGGAUUUUAGUUUUAGCUUUCUGUUUAUGAACAAUGGUUUAUAAGCAACUUAUGAUACACUUUACAUUCUUGUUUUUGUUGUUGUUUCUGCUCUUUGAGCCCACAUUUCAACAACAAGGUUCAUUGAGAUCUUUAUCGGCUGAACGAGUUGCUUUACUUGAGCUCAGAUCAUCCUUAGGUUUGAGAAGCAAGGAAUGGCCCAUAAAGAGUGAUCCUUGUUUAGGUUGGAAGGGAAUCAAGUGUCAGAAUGGUAGGGUAACUGAGAUCAAUAUUGCUGGAUUUAGAAGAACAAGAAUUGGUAGAUUGAACCCUCAAUUUUCUGUUGAAGCCUUGGGCAAUUUAACCUUUUUGCAGUCCUUUAAUGCCUCUAACUUCUUGCUUCCUGGUGUUGUUCCUGAAUGGUUUGGGGAGCGUCUCAGCUUGCUACGAGUGCUUGAUCUGCGGUCUUGUUCUAUAUUUGGUUCUAUUCCAUUAAGUCUUGGGAGUUUGAACAACCUGACUGCUCUUUAUCUAUCUGAUAAUAAACUUACUGGGACAAUACCUUCUACUUUCGGCCAAUUGUUGAGCCUUUCGUUGCUUGAUUUGUCUCAUAAUACACUCACUGGAAUGAUUCCGUCAUUAAUUGGAUCUCUUGCUCAUCUUUCACUGCUUGAUCUUUCUUCUAAUUACUUAGCUGGGCCAAUCCCUCCAAGCACUGGGGGCCUAUUGAAGCUUCAAUACCUAAAUCUUUCUGGAAACAGUUUAACUUCUUCAUUACCUACUCAACUUGGAGGGCUUGUUAGUUUGGUUGACCUUGACUUGAGUGUCAAUGCUUUGUCUGGAACAUUGCCUUCGGGUUUAAGUGAAUUAACGAGCUUGCGAAGUGUGGUACUUGGGAGCAAUUUGCUUGUGGGUUCCUUGACUGACAACUUGUUCCACACUUUAACACAGUUGCAAUCCUUGGUUCUUAAAGACAAUAACUUUACUGGCUCAAUACCUGAUGUAUUGUGGUCAAUGCCUGGGUUACAGCUUCUUGAUUUGUCUGGGAAUAGUUUCACUGGGACGUUGCCUAAUUCUAGCUCAAGUUUGAACGUUACUGGUGCUGUAUUGAAUGUAUCUAAAAAUAUGUUCUAUGGGAGCCUUACACCGAUAUUAAGAAGAUUCAGUGCCAUUGAUCUGUCGGAAAAUUACUUUGAAGGCAAAGUUCCUGAAUAUCUACCCACCAACAUAUCUUUUGCUAGUAACUGCCUCCAAAAUGUGUCGAGACAGAGGACAUUGAAUGUAUGUACAUCAUUCUAUUUAGCAAGAGGCCUAACUUUUGAUAAUUUUGGCUUCCCGAAGGCUACACAACCACCAUUAGCAGAAGCACCAAAGAAGAAGAGCAACAGAAAUGCUAUUAUCUUGGGCAGUGUUAUUGGUGGAACUGCUCUUUUCUUUCUACUAGUAUUGCUGAUAUUUUUCUUCCUGAGGAGACGGACAAGAAGGACAACUAAUCAAAGAGGAGGGGUCGUUGUGGGACCAGAUCUUUCUGGGGACACUGCCGAACAACCUCCUGGAUUGUUAAUUGACUUUGCGAGUUUAGGAGAAACAUUCAAGUUUCAACAGCUGCUUCAAGCGACUAACGAUUUUAGUGAUUCGAACCUUAUCAAACAUGGCCAUUCAGGUGAUCUAUACCAUGGUGUAUUACAAAACGGGAUCCGUAUUGUUAUCAAACGGGUUGAUUUGCGUGUAAUUAAAAAUGAUGCCUAUUUGGUGGAAUUAGAGUUCUUUAGCAAGGUUUCAAAUGUAAGAUUGGUUCCGCUUACUGGUCACUGCUUGGAGAAUGAUGAUGAAAAGUUCCUGGUGUACAAAUAUCUGCCAAACGGGGACUUGUCAGCUUCCUUGUUCAAGAAAGUCAAGACAGAUGAUGACGGUUUGCAGUCAUUGGAUUGGAUUACAAGACUAAAAAUUGCAUUAGGAGCUGCAGAGGGUCUUUCUUUUCUUCAUCAUGAUUGUACUCCACCCCUUGUACACAGAGACGUUCAAGCAAGUAGCAUACUUCUUGAUGAUAAAUUUGAAGUGAGGCUUGGAAGCUUGAGCAGCGUGUGUAGUCAAGAAGGGGAUGGUCAACCGAGCAGGAUAACCAAGCUUCUGAAAUUGCCACAGUCAUCGGAGCAAGGCUCUUUAGGAUUACACACAGCAGUCUGUACCUACGAUGUUUACUGCUUUGGAAAGGUGUUACUAGAGCUGGUAACAGGAAAGCUUGGGAUUAGCGCCUCUCCUGAAGCCGAAAUCAAAGAAUGGUUAGAUCAGACAUUAUCGUACAUCAGUAUAAACAACAAGGAACUUGUUACAAAAAUCCUCGAUCCAUCCUUGAUUGUGGACGAGGAUCUAUUGGAAGAAGUGUGGGCUGUGGCUGUUGUUGCCAAGUCCUGUCUCAAUCCAAAACCUUCAAGACGACCCUUGAUGAAAUACAUCCUCAAGGCUUUGGAAAACCCAUUGAAGGUAGUAAGGGAAGAGAAUUCAGGCUCGGGACGGUUUAGAUCAACUUCCGUUGGAAGUUCUUGGAAUGCUGCAUUGUUUGGUAGCUGGCGUCAAAGUAUAUCGGAUCUAACAGUGCUUCCAUCAGCCUCCUUGUUAAAAGCUGGCGGAAGUAGUUUCAAAAGAUCAGGAACGAUGGGUUCCCAAGGAAGUGGUCAGAACGGCGGUGGUGAACAUUCAUCGUCUCGUCGACAGCAUUCGAAGGAGAUAUUCCCCGAACCAUCGGACGUGCAAGAUAUUGAAAAAUUGGAGAACGAUUGAGCAGAAAGACAUUGGUUUUUGUCUUUGAUUCUUUGUUAAUAACACAGCACACUUUCAAAUUGGAGCCCGUUUUAGCUUGGUUUUGGAGCAAAUGAGGGUUUUUUUUUGUUUCUGUAAUUGAUCAUUUGUUUCUUGUAGCAUUUGGAAUGUAAAUUGUAAGUUUGUUUUUAUAUUCUCCAUUGAAGCCAAUUCUCCUUUUUUGGAAAAAGGAGAGUUCAGUCUAAACAAAUCACUUCCCUUUUGCAUUUGGAUUUCAAGUCCAUUUGAUCCUUUUUUUUCUCUCUCCCAAUAAAAGAUACAGCUUCAUUCAUCA